AGUCACAUUAUAAUCGUCCAUUUUGGACAAAAUCGUCGAACAGACCGGAACUCAAACUUUUCCUCCCAAAACGUGCUUUAAAGAACUUAGCGAGCAACAUGCCAGGAGUUACAGUGAAGGAUAUCGAUCAGCACGUUCUGACCAAAACUAUGGCAGAUUUUCUUAAAAAAUCCGGAAAACUUGCUGUGCCGGAAAUGGCUGUCUACGUAAAGACGGGCAAGUUCAAGGAGACUGCUCCGACCGACGACGAUUGGUUCUUUAUUCGAUGUGCCUCCAUCAUGAGACACCUUUACCUGCGCAGUCCUUCCGGGGUUGCCGCCUUCACCAAGAUCUACGGCGGACGCAUGCGCAACGGAGUCCAUCCGUCCAAGUACUGUCGCUCAUCGGAUGGCUGCAUUCGCAAGGCUCUUCAAGCUUUGGAAGCUGCUCACAUGGUGGAGAGGCAUCCGGAUGGUGGUCGUAAGCUGACUUCCCUAGGACAACGUGACUUGGACCGCAUAGCCAACAAAAUUGUGGCCAAACAGCAAGAAGCCAUUCCAUCAGUUCCUAUUAUUAUCACUACCUAAGAUUCGAAUACUCAACAUGAAACCACGAAAGAGCAACUUUAAGUGCCUUGGACUUUGUCGAUGACAUAUUUUCAAUACAUUCUCAAUAAAGCGACACGCUAACACUAAUGCUA